AUGGGAACAGAGACAGAGACAAGUAUGGAAGAGUUGUUGAUACCACACGAUGUGAUAGAGCAUCAUAUUAUGAAGAGGCUUGAUGUUAAAACCCUCCUCAAGUUCAAGUCUGUAUCCAAGCAAUGGAGAUCUACCACCCGAACCCCCUCUUUCAAAGAAAAGCAGUUGAUCCACCAUGGUAGCCAAAGCCAACCAAGAGAUCCACUUGUGCUUUUGGUGUCCUUAUAUGCUCCUUCUGCUCACCAGCCAGAUCCAAGAUUUGAAGCUAUGAGAACGUUGGUGGUGCAGUCAUCACUUUCUGUUCAGAUCCCUACUCCUUGGGAGGACAAGACAUACGACGUUUGCAAUACUAGUUGUGAUGGUCUGAUCUGCCUCUACGAGUUCUUUAGACUACCCAGUAUCGUCGUCAAUCCCACCACUCGCUGGCAUCGAACUAUCCCUAGAUGCAACUAUCAACUAGUCGCUGCCGAGAACAGAGAGAGAGACGAGUGGUUUGAAGUCCCAUACCCUUCUCCUGGAUUUGGUAAAGACAAAUCCAGUGGCACAUACAAGCAUGUUUGGUUGUAUAACUCCGCUGAGUUAGGCCUUAACGACCAGGCUACUACUUGUGAAGUUUUUGAUUUCGGCGCCACAAACGCUUGGAGGUACCUUGUCCCUUCGUCCCCUCAUCUGAUUCUUCACACCCAAGCUCCUGUUUACGUAGAUGGGUCUCUUCAUUGGUUCACUGCCUUCUCGCAAGAGGGCGAAACUAUGGUUUUGUCUAUGGAUCUCCACACCGAAACUUUCCAAGUCGUGACUAAAGCUCCCUUUCUCCAUGUCUCUGAUGAAUUCAAGAUCGUCAUGUGCAACCUCAAGGGUCGUUUGUGCGUAUCCGAGGAAAAAUGGCCCAACCAAGUCAUUUGGUCGUUGGAUGAUUCAGACCACAAGACAUGGAAGAAAAUGUUUUCCAUAGAUCUCACUAUCACUUCGUCUUUGUUUCCGUGGCACAUUAAGGCACUCGCACCUCUAGCUGUUUUGGACAAGGACAAGUUAUUGUUCUAUAAUCGUGAAUCUAGGGUUGCAUUGGUAACACAUGAUCCCAAAACCAAAUCUUAUGAUUUUGCUUACACAUCUAAACUCGCUGCAUGCGGCGGUGUUUGUUAUUUCCCGAGUUUAGUCUCUAUUUUGUAA